AGCUUCUGGUCAUGGCUUGACCCCUGUUGCGCGACUUUUGACUGGUAUCCUGAACUGUCGGAGAUCCGGGGGCCGAAUUCAACACCGCCAUUCUGAAGUUCCUCACGAUCACCACUGAUUUCAACGGUACGGUACACAACAUUUUGAGAGUCUGAGCCCACAUCACCAGUGCCAACUUACCAUAUCCACUUGCAGACGCGCAAACAUGUUCCUCCUCGACUACCUCCUGCACAGGCAUGAUUGCCGCCUCAAACAAACGGAGCGCGCCCGCCUCAUCGCCUCUCUAACCGCCUACCACGGCCCGCUCACCGCCGCAGACAAGGCCACCCUCACGGCGCCCAUCGAAUCCCUCGUCGCGGCCGUCCACGCGGGGACCACCACCCCGCUGUCCAUCCUCCGCACGUACGGCAAGCUGGCGCUGAAAGCCCACGCCCGCACAAACUGCCUGACCGAGAUCCUGCUCCCCUCGGCCCAGGACUGGCUUGCUGCCAGCGGCGACAAGGAUGGUGAUGGUGGCGGCGGCGAGAUCAACCUCAAAGGUCCGCUGGCCGGUAUCCCCGUGAGCCUGAAGGACACGGUGGUGGUGGGCGGGUACGAUGCCACGGUAGGGUACUCGUUGUUUGUGGGGAACAACAAGAGCAUGGGCCAGCGGGACGGGCCGAUGGUGCGGAUGCUGAAAGACGCCGGCGCGGUGCCAUACGUCAAGACCAACCUGCCGAUUACCCUGCUCAGUUUUGAGAGCACGAAUGAAGUUUGGGGGCGGUGUGUGAACCCGCAUAAGGAGGGAUAUUCGCCGGGCGGGAGCACGGGUGGGGAGGCGGCGCUGCUGGCGAUGGGCGGGAGGAUUGGGAUUGGGAGUGAUGUAGCUGGGAGCGUCAGGGUGCCGGCACAUUGGUCGGGUUGUUAUUCGAUACGGUGCUCGACGGGGAGGUGGCCUAAGGCGGGGAUUGCGACGAGCAUGCCCGGCCAGGAGGGGGUGCCGAGCGUGUAUAGUCCGAUGGCGAGGACGUUGGGGGAUUUGACGUACUUUACGAAGGUGGUGCUUGGGGAGAUGAGGCCAUGGAGGUAUGAUUAUACGGUGCAUCCGCUGCCGUGGAGGGGAGAGAUGGAAAGGGAGUUUGGGGAUGUUGGGAGGAAGUUGAGGGUUGGCGUGUUGAGGACGGACGGGGUGGUUGAGCCGAGCCCGGCGUGUAAGAGGGCGCUGGGCAUGGCGGAGGAGGCCUUGAAGAGGCAAGGGUGUGAGAUGGUGGAGAUGGAUGGAGCGCCGGAUAUGUACGAGGGUUUGAGGCUUGCUUCGCUGCUGCUGAAUGCGGACGGCUGUCAGAUGUUUGAGUCGUUCAGGCGGUUCGGGGAGUGGAACGACCCAGGGGCUUCGCAGCUCAGGAAACUGGCUGCCAUGUGGACGCCGGUUAGGUAUCUUUACUAUCUCUGGGUGAAGUAUGUGCAACGAGAUCACGUCUGGGCAGGGCUUGUCAGGCAUUGGCGAGCGCAGUCAGCCUUUGAGAACUGGAAACUGGUCAGCCAGAGAGAGAUCUACCGGGCCAGGUGGUUUGACUGGUGGAUUGAGCAGGGACUGGACAUCAUCAUCGCGCCGCCAAAUGCGACACCUGCAUUGCCGCACGACGGAAUGCGCUAUGCCGUGAGCAGCUGCGGAUAUACCUUUCUGUUUAACCUCGUGAGUCUCCUCGACUAUUCAGCCGGCGUCCUCCCCGUCACCCACGUGGAUAAGGCAUUGGACAAGCUGCCUGCAUCCUUCAAUGUCAAGAAACUGAACAGGGUUGCGCGUGGCGCCUACAAACACUACGAUGCCGCAGCUAUGCACGGGCUGCCCGUAGGAGUUCAGGUCGUGGGCCGCAGACUCGAAGAGGAGAAGGUGUUAGCAGUCAUGAAGAGACUGGAAGACGCGCUGGGAGAUGACAAGUACCAGCUAAUGGGUUUCGAUGAUCUUGAUUAGUGGGGGAUAAUGUAAGCGUAUCGGAAGAGAAUGAUCGGGGUGAGGUAGCGUCGGGCAGCGAGACCGGAGGAGCAUGAAUAGCCAGCUUGAUGUGGUUUGACGAAGGGAUUUUUAAUUUAUUUGUCAUAGUCUCCUUGCCUGAUCUGUCGCAAUGUCGAACCA